AUGCAGGAAUUUCAAAGGAUGCAUCAGUACUGGUAAAAGGUUGUAUUGUAAAUAUAACAACAUGUUUUAAUUAAAGGAGAUCGAGAAAAAAUAAUCAAUUGUAUGAUAACUAAUUACAAAACAGUUAAAUGCUUUAAUUAUUCUAAUGCAAAGGAAGAUUCAAUUUGUAAAUAAAGGACAUUUAUAAUAUGCAAAAUAAGAAAAAGGCAAAUCCUUGCGAAUAUGAAGGGCAAAAAACUCGUACUCGCAACCGAUGCCAGUUAAAAAUCUCACUAUUGUAAUAGAAAAGUAAAUACUAGUAAUUAGAAGUCUACAUAUAUAAAAGAUACCCAAGCGAGUUGAGAUUAUGAUUGCUAAGAUAUCUCUAAUCCAAUAUCAAAAAUUUUGGGUGAAUUAGAAGCUCUUGAAAAAAAAUGCAAAUAUAAUUUAGGAACCUGUAACAAUACAUCUAAGAUUCUACUAUCAGGAACAGGUAAGGAAGCAUAUUGUGAAUUAUUAAAAUCUAAUAAUGUUAAAUGUACUUAACUUUGUACUCCAAGAUUAGCAGCUUUAAAAAUUAUGAUGUUACAAAUGCCACAAUUAAGGUCACUUCAUAUGAUGCAUUAAAAGAUACAACUCAUAUUUGGGAAAAUAAAUAUUCUACACUAGGUGCUUCUACCAGUUAUGAUGGUAUAAGUAAAAACGUACUUGACAACUUAUUUGGACCAGAAAAUGGUAAGGAAGACACUUAAUGA